UUCGUGAGGUCGCGCGUGUGGCGCGUUUUUGUAGUUUUUUACGAAUUUUAACUCCGUUUUUUUUACCGAUUGGCUUACCACGGACAAUUUUGCGAUCCCGUAUCUUUGCAAUCGUCAACGGUGAGGUCGAAAUAAGAGAAGAGAUCCCCGGGGAUUUUUGACAGACGCGAAAAUGACGUUCUGGUGAAGAACCCCUCAAAACAAAGAACUUUAAGUGCAUCCUGAGCUUACCGGAAAAUUAUAUUUUUAGUUAUAACUAAAACGAAGACAAAUAUUGUCUCUCUUCGGAGAGUGAUCGCGAAGGAUGUGUUUCCUCGUGCGGAGCUCGCUUCUUCUAUGCCUCGCAUUAUCGGUGAGCUCUCAACUGGAGGGAGAGCUCUUUUUUUCGGUGAGUCCAAAGGAUCAUACGGAAGUGGAAGGGACGCCGGUGCGUCUGCGAUGCGAAACGGUACCGAGCAAGGGAGUGAAAUACUCUUGGAAAAUCGACGGGCAACAAUUAGCACCGAGUCCUCGGAGGCAUCUCGUCGGUGGCGAUUUGUACAUAACGAGGGUCAACCGCAUCUUUGACAGUGGCAAUUUCGUUUGCGUGGCUCAUCACGAGGCGACGGGUAACACGAUCGAGAGUUCGCCAGCUAAAAUCGACGUCCAAUGGAUCAGCGAAGCGAGCGUCAUUCUCGUCUCACCGAAAUUCUCGUCUCUUACUAAAAGCGGCGGUGAUGUCGAGCUUCGAUGUCACGUGGACGGAUCCGGCGACCUCCGAUACGAGUGGUUCAAGAAUACCGAAAGUCUCGCGAGGAACGAUCGCGUUGACAUAAAGAAAAACAAGAAAUUACACAUUCGCAAAGUAGACCCCGAGGACAACGGCGUCUACACUUGUUUGGCGAGAAACGAGGCUGGAUCAUCGCCGAUAAAAGAGAGUUUUCCCCUGGUCGUGCCAGGCAACGCGACCGCGACGAUCAAGGUUGUGCCACAAAAUUUAAUCGUCAAACGCGGUGAGCCCGCCGUCAUGCAUUGCGUUUACGAAGACGCUGACGCUGUCAACUGGUACUUGAAGUCAAUCGGGCCUGUGGAGACUGACGACGAGAAAAUUGUUCUCGACAACGGUACCCUCGUUAUAAGAGCCGCGGAACAUCGUGAUCAAGGAGUUUACGCGUGUCACGGUAUCAGAGACGAGACUGUGCAGAUCUACACCGCUGAGCUACGAAUUGCCUAUUUACAAAACUUGUCGGUCGCAUCUUUUGAGCCGCGAUUACGAGAACAAUUGGCAAUAGUGGGCGAAGACCAAGAGCUCCAGGUAAGCUGCUUAGAACCCUCGGGCCUUCCUGCGCCACGUGUUUACUGGAAAGAUCCACGUGGGCAUAUAAUUAGCGACUCCGGUCCGGUGAGGGUUCAGGACAAUACAUUGAUCGUUGGCAAAGCGAGGAUCAAAGAGGAUGCUGGAAACUAUACGUGCGUUGCUGAGAACCUUGCUGGAGAAUCCGAGAUGGAAGUUCAAGUCGUUGUUUCGACCCCAGCGAACUUGACAAGUUCGCCCGAGUCAUUAGAAAUAAUGGAGGGUGAGUCCGCGACCUUGGCGUGCUCCUAUUCGGGGAUGGAGCCCCCCGUGACCCGCGUUCAGUGGCUCAAAGAUGGCGAGCCACUGAAAGAGACCGGUGGGCCAACGCGGCACAGAAUUUCCGUCCGAAACGGGAACGCGACUCUCCACUUCAAAUCGGCUUAUCUCUUGGACAAGGGUAAUUACGCGUGUGAAAUUACGACCAAAGGUUUCGAGCCUCUCAUCAGCGAAAGCGCCAGUCUCGUUGUCCGCGAAAAGCUCAAAUUUUCACCACCCCCCGUCGACAAAAAACUCGAACUCGGAUCGAACGCCAGAGUCUCGUGCAAAGCUCAAGGCACCACCAAUCCUUCGGUCAAAUGGAUCAAGGAUGACGAGGACAAAGAAUUCCCGAAACAUGUUCAAGACAUUAAUGGAACUUUGCACUUCAAUGGCGUCGUCGACGAAGACAAGGGACGCUAUACCUGCAUCGCAGCGAAUGCCCAAGGAUCUAUCAAUCAUACGAUCGACAUCGACGUUGUUGUUACUCCGAAAUUCACUAAACUGCCUCAAAAUCCGACGGAGGUUAUAGAAGGCGAUGCUGUUAUGCUGCAUUGUGCAGCCACGGGUAAUCCCCUGCCACAAAUACAGUGGGACAAAGAUUCACGUUUGAACAAUCUGGAUGAUCCCCGGCUUCAGGUCCUCUCGAAUGGGAGUCUGUACAUAAAAGAGGCACAUUUAAGCGACGAGGGAAUGUACGGUUGCACUGCAGGUAACAGCGGAGGACUGAAGAGGGUCGAAGUCCAAUUAAACGUGAGAGCUAUAGAUUCGUAUAGACCGGAAGUGGACGUUGACGGUUACGAUGGUUCGAUGAUGACGAAAACGGUGACGAUAACUUUGAGUGUAGCAGCUGCUUACAUGGUUCUCGUCGUCGGUCUAAUGCUCUACUGCCGUUAUCGCCGCAGACGCAGAAAGCAACAGUAUCUACAAGAACAGGCUGAGGAAAAACUGGAGAACGGCGAAGUGCAAGAAGAGCAAACGGAGUUAAAGGCAACGAACCACAAGAAUUCGGGAGGCGGAGGGGGCGGCGGAUCGAAGGCUCGAGAGAAUCGUGAAUCGCACAAGAGCGAUGGAGCGGAGACGGGGCAGAGUCAGAGUAGCAAUCAUUCGAAAAAGUCGAAAUCGAGUUACGACAAGUUGACGGUGUCGCGUGGAAAUUUACGUGAAUUGAAGCCUCUCGGAAGGGGUGAAUUCGGAGACGUAUUCUCGACGAAAUAUCAGGUGGACGGCGAGAAGGAGCACGCGGUGAUGGUGAAGAGUUUGACGAACACAAAGGACGAGCAAGUGUUGCAGGAGUUCAAGAGACAUUUGGAUCUUCUGCACAAAUUGAAUCACGAGAAUGUGGUUAAAUUGAUCGGAUUGUGUCGAGAGGAAGAGCCGGAUUAUAUGAUAAUGGAAUUCACGGACUGGGGCGAUUUGAAACAGUUCUUAAUCGCUUCCAGAAAAGAAGGGAGCAACGCGAAUGGAGGGAGCGGUACGACACCAACCGGAAAUGGCGCGAGUCCGUCUCACGAGACGAAAAAACGUGCUCCGCAACUCUCGGUUGCUCAGAUUCUCUCGCUGUCCAAUCAGGCAGCGAAAGGACUGAAACACUUGUCGGACAAUCGCCUCGUCCACAAAGACAUCGCCGCGCGCAAUUGUCUCAUCGCGAGCAAUCUGAGCCUCAAAAUAUCAUUGCCUUGCAUGACCAAAGAGCCCUACCAGCAAGAAUACACCAAGUAUCGUAAUCAAGUUCUCCCCUUAAGGUGGCUACCCUACGAGGCUGUUUACGAAGAUGAAUAUUCAACCAAAAGCGAUGUUUACUCGUUCUCCUGCCUAGUCUGGGAAAUUUUCCACCAAGGUGAAUUGCCCUUCAACAAACUCAACGACGACUCCGUCAUGACCCAACUGAAGAGCCACAGCCUCGUCUGGAAAGCCCAUAAAGCUGCACCCCCCGCCCUGCAAGAAUUACAGACAUCUUGCUGGUCCAACGACCCACGCGACAGACCGACCUUCGAUGAAAUCGUCACUAAAAUCGGCGAAAUCGUCGUCGACAGUUGCCUCUAAAUCCGCAAUCAUGGAUAUGCUUCCAUCCCUGCCCACUUAAACUCGACGAAACGUCGCGUGAGACUCUAAACUAAAAUUCCGAGAGAUUUAUUGUCUCUCUACUUGUCGUGAGAUGCUGCCAAGCUUUCCAACAACGAGACCCCAUGGAAUUUAUCCACUUCGGUUACAUUCUUCUAGGCGAAAAUUGAGGGCUCUUUAAAACAAUAAUUUAGCAGUAAAGCUUCUCUUUUGGCUUCCCCUUCGCUGAAAAACUUUGAGCAAGCUUACGAAAAACGAGUGGAUCGAAAUAUUGAAAGAUCGAUAAACAAAACAAUUUGCUGAUUCGAUGCCGCAAAAAUUCAAGGAAACUUUAAUUUUGGUGUAACAACGAUAAGCUAAUUGCAAUUUUCUCAUGGUCUUCGACGAUCUUCCUCAAAGUUCCAUGGGGCGUUGUUCAUUUUUUUUUUACUUUUUAUUACACGUAUAAAUGGUGAUAUAAGAACGAAAGUUCCGAAUUGUUUUGCCCGUGCGCACGUGCCCGCAAUAAAAACGAGGGGAAAAAAAUAAUAGUGGAAAAAAGAAAGAUAAAAAGUGAAUGGAUAUGUUAGUCAAACGAGUUCAAAGAACGUCCAAUUUCCGUCGGUCUCACGAUGAUUAUUCUGUCGCGUCCAUUAGUAUCAUAAGAUUAACGUUGUAAUGAUAAUAUUUAUUUCCAAUAGAACGUCCGCUGCUCUGUAUCGUGAAAUAAUUAUUCAAACGGGCAUUUCUCGUAACGUUUCUCGUAAAAAAAAAAUCGUUAACAUCGUUUUUAUCGACAAUUUGAACAAACGAUUUGUAAAUCAAAUCACCGAUGAUUGCGAACAUUUUUAUUUUUUCUGGACACACAAAGUCAUCGAUCGAUUGAAUCACCUUCGCGCGAUAAUGAUUCAACGCCAAAAGCUGGUUGAGAAUAAUUUUCUUUUGUUUUUUCAAGUCAACGAUAAUUGCCCAUUUUGC